AACUGAAUCCUUCAUUGCUGUCAACGAGCUCGGAAAGUGGAUACGUAUAUCAGGCGGGGUGUGCUGUUCUCGGAAUCAUUUAAUUUCUCAUAUUAUUUUCUUUAACGUGGAAAAAAGAGCUCGAGCUCUGAGUGUUCAUCAAAACUGUUAAUAGUGUGGUGGGACUUAAUAUUAUCUGCUGCGAAUAGAACCAGUAUAUUACCAGAAGCGGAAAUGUUUCGGCUGGGACAAAUUGUGAUCAGAAAUAGCCAGAAGGUGAAAGCUAUCGAGCUCCGAAGAUGUCUUUCGGCAGCACCGCAGGCCAAGCGCGCCGAGAGUCAACCGGCCACCAACGACAAGAAACCGAACAUGUCGUUUUUGACAAACAUUUUCCUCGGUGAAGUUCAGCCAGCCCAGGUCUUUCCCUACCCGGAAGUGUUGGAUGCCGAUCAAAAGGAAUACAUUGCGGCGUUUGUUGACCCAGUGACAAAAUUCUUUGAGGAAGUUAACGAUCCCGUCAAGAAUGACACAAAUGCUCACAUCGACGAGAAAACCUCCGAAGCACUAUGGGAACUGGGAGCGUUUUCGCUGCAGGUACCCCCGGAAUACGGUGGAUUGGGACUUAACAACACGCAGUAUUCGCGCAUGUGCGACAUCAUUGGCGGACAGGACUUGGGUUUGGGUAUUUUCAUCGGUGCUCAUCAGAGUAUCGGUUUUAAGGGAAUCCUCCUGUACGGAACGAAGGAACAGAAGGAAAAAUACUUACCUUUGGUAUCAACCGGGAAGAAGUAUGCCGCUUUUGCCCUGACCGAACCUAGUUCCGGCUCGGAUGCGGGUUCUAUCCGUUGCCGGGCUGUGAAAACCAAAGACGGUAAACAUUACAUACUGAACGGGUCUAAGAUUUGGAUUUCGAACGGUGGAAUUGCCGACAUUAUGACCGUGUUUGCGCAAACGGAAAUCGAAGAUCCGAAAACGGGCCAAAAGAAGGACAAGGUAACUGCUUUCAUUGUGGAGCGAGGAUUCGGCGGUGUCAGCAAUGGUCCACCGGAGAACAAAAUGGGUAUCAAGUGCUCCAACACGGCGGAGGUUUACUUCGAAGAUUGUAAAAUUCCCAUCGAAAAUGUGCUGGGAAAGGAAGGUGACGGAUUCAAGGUGGCCAUGAAUAUCCUGAACAAUGGUCGGUUUGGAAUGGGUGCCACUCUUUCCGGAACAAUGCGAGCCUGUAUUCAGAAGGCCACCGAACACGCAACGAAUCGUGUUCAGUUUGGACGUAAACUGGAAACGUUCGGAGGAAUUCAGGAAAAGUUGGCUCGCAUGGCAAUGCAUCACUAUGCAACGCAAUCGAUGGCCUACAUGGUGUCGGGUAAUAUGGAUUCCGGAUCGGUUGAUUACCAUCUGGAGGCAGCCAUUUCCAAAGUAUUCGCUUCCGAAUCGGCGUGGUACGUUUGCGACGAAGCCAUUCAAAUCCUUGGCGGAAUGGGCUUUAUGAAAGAUACCGGUCUGGAGCGGGUUAUGCGUGAUUUGAGAAUCUUCAGAAUUUUCGAGGGAACCAAUGACAUUUUGAGGCUUUUCGUUGCUCUGACCGGUAUUCAGUAUGCAGGUUCUCACUUGAAGGAGCUGCAGAAAGCGUUUAAAAAUCCCGCCGCCAAUCUGGGUUUAAUUUUCAAGGAAGGAUCCCGACGGGCCAUUCGUAGCAUUGGUUAUGGCGGUUCGGAUCUGACACCAUUUGUCCCCGAUCAACUGAAGGAAGCUUCCAAGCAGUGCUCUGAGAGCAUUGAUAUUUUCGGUAAAGCGGUAGAAUCUUUGCUGAUUAAAUACGGCAAAGGAAUUGUAGAGGAGCAAUACCUGCUGAACCGAUUGGCCGAUGCCGCCAUUGAUAUUUACGCGAUGGCAACGGUGCUUUCGCGAGCAACUCGGGCGGCCAACAAGAGUCUACCGUCGGCCGAUCACGAGCUGCUGAUGGCGCAAAGCUGGUGUCACGAGGCGGCCGAUCGUGUCCGUGUGAACAUCCGUAAGAUCAACACCGAUUCGUUCGUCAAAAACUACGGCAAGAUGUCACAAAUUUCCAAGAACAUCUGCGCCAGCAACGGUAUAGCGCACAACAAUCCGUUGGAUAUCGACUGAGGAGGAGAAGGAGGCAGUUGCGCAUCCGGCAGUCAUGGUAUUAGAUUUUUAGAGCACGGUGAUUCGAAAUGAUUUUCUUGUGAAAAUUGCAAUUAGAGAAUCUAGCACGAUUGAAAACGAAACUCUUACUAACCCGUUUUGAUUGGAGAAAAAACGCUGUGAAAGAUGUUCGAAGCUCGGAGGUACUUCAGCAGUCCUCACGAAUGAAUGUAACUUAGCUAGACAAUUUGAGAAAUAGAAACGAAUAACUUAUGGUUUUAAUCGAUGAUAUUGUAGAUGUAUAAUUUAUGUUUAUUUUGAAUGUUGUAUAUACUGUAAGAUGAACAAGUUUUUCUUUAUGUGAAAUAUAGGGUGAAUUACAUUUAGUACCAAA